AUAUAAGUAGUGGUCAUCGCAAGGACUUACAACUGACCAGUGGCUGUGUGUGGUCAGCGCUGGCGAACAUCUGGGUAUAGUUCCGGCAUCAGGAACUUUGGAUUCCUCAAAUUGAAUUACCAUAUUUGGAGCAACUUCCGGUGACGCGAUCCACCAGUCACGCAUACCCAGUAGAGGAUAGUUCGAUCCGCACGUCACAAAUAUUAAAAAAACAUCGCCUAUAAAACCGAUUGGGAGUGUGAAAUUCUUCACUCGUCUCGCGAAUUCUCCACUCUCAGCACCACCAGAAAAACAGCAGAUACUGACUUUUCAUAUCUAUAAUAUAUCUACUAUCCAGUUUCACAGCAGCAGUUUUACAAGCUUCUCAACAUGUCAUCGAUUGCAGUGAUAAUCCAGCUUCUCUUCUGGCUGCCCUGUUUAGCAGCUAAUGCCGUGGACUUUCCGGUAGAGCUUUGCCCUUACUUGGCGGGCGAAUGUCGUGAAGAGUGUGCCUACAAGUUUGUUCACAAGUGGGCGAUUCCUCUUUGUGCUGCUGAGGGAUACCAUUGCUGUGUUCCAGAUUAUCUAGUUAAACAAAUGCAACAAGCAAAGAAGAAAACGACUACGGAGUCCAUACCAUCAACAACACCUACUACCACUACUACAACCAGUACCACGACCACUACCACUCCAGCACCCACCACACCCACCACUACCACCAACAGACCGAGCACGACUACCAUUGAAAUGGCGGACGUGGUAAUUACUUCAACCACAAUACCGGAACAAAUACUUCACAAACUACCUCUUGAGGAAGAGCGUCCUGAACAGGAACUACCCUUUGAUGAUGAAGAACUCCCAUUAGGUGAUCAGCCACAAGAACCAAAUUAUGAUCUGCCGAAUACGAUCAACACAGGCUCGGAGUGUGGACAACCAUUUUUCAAUCAACGUGUGAAGAGAAUUAUUGGCGGAAGUGUCUCAAAGCCAGGGGCGUGGCCAUGGCAAGUGGCCUUCCGGUAUAUGAGUGGUGCCUAUCUUUGCGGGGGUGCCCUCAUCAACGACCGUUGGGUGGUUACAGCAGCUCACUGUUUUAAAAGACAAUUGAACACAGCUUCCCACUGGAGAGUGAGUGUUGGUGUCCAUGAUAUCGCAGGAACAGACCACAACCGGAGGGACGUGGCUAUCAAACGAAUCAUUAAGCAUCCAUUUUACCGGAAGGGAUCUGAAGGCACUGCUAACAAUAAAACUCUUCCCUCCCACCACCACUAUCGUCAUGACAUUGCCUUGGUUGAGCUGUCCGAAGCCGUGGAUCUGAACUCCCCAUACACUCGUCCUAUAUGUCUCCCCACUCACGGAGACCCCCGUUUUCCUUCAGCCAACGCUAUCAAUAAACGACGAGAGGAAGAGGCUUUGGAACGAGCGGCGGAAGAAGAACUCAUGAGAGAGGAAGCCACGAGAGAAGGAUUCCCGGAGUUAACCGAAUAUUUGUGGAGAUACCGAAGAGAAGCUCCCCUGGAAAAUGUUGAUGCUGAUAACCACAUUAGCCUUUAUGACGUAGAACGAUUCGGAGAGUGUUAUGUCACAGGAUGGGGAGAAACGAAGGGUAUCGGGGAGGUGACAAAAUUGCAACAGGUACGUGGUCAUGUGAGCAGUGCCGAGGAGUGUAGCAAAUACUGGAAACGAGAGAUUGAUGACGCCAUGCUCUGCUUUGGAGAUGGAACAAAGGGGCCUUGUCUGGGCGACUCCGGCAGUCCAAUGUCUUGUAAAUACAAAGGACACUUCUACUUGGUGGGCGUGGUUUCCUGGGGGUCAGAUGAGUGCAACCGGAAGGGAUAUCCCAGUGUUCUCACACGAAUGACAGCAUACCACGAUUGGAUGCGAGAGGUUAUCUCAGAGGGUUAAAACAUUCUCACAUUUUUUUACUCUGACCGUUAACAUCUUGGGACCAGCCAUUGUACAGGACCAUGGACCAUUCACUUUAGACAAAAGUAAACAGUAUUACUUGCACUGCCUAAUGAUGUUAUAAUCCAAAUUUCAGAAUGUUUGAGGCAAAUCGUAUCAUUACAUUCCAAUGUAUCCCAGGGCCACUGCUUGUAUUCACGUAGGUGUAAAUAUUGCUUUUAGCAAGGUAAAAAUAAUAGUAUGCAUUUGACACAUGGCUCAUAGCGAAGUGAGAAAAAUCCAUGAAAAUACGUUUUACGGGAAAUCUCAAAUAUUUCCUAUCAACAAACCUAAUUCUAAAUUUAGUACGAGAAAUAUAUUUACGACGUUGCUGUAAUAAAGCCAAUGCAAACAUUC